UCGAGCGCCAUCUUGAUAGUUAGCAUCGUGAUUAAUUACUUUGUUUUUUGCUUAUUAAUAUUGUUUAAAGUGUAAUAUCGAUAGCUUAUUAUACAGUAAACUAAUGUGGUAGUGUGCAGUGAAUGGAGAAUUAAUUUUGAAGCGCGUUUAACCACCAUCUUGGAGUCAACGGCCGGUGGUCCACGUGCUUCUUGUAAAGUCUAGCUAUCGAUUUACAAGAGCUAACAAAUCACCGUACACUGUCUUGUACAACCGUACAAUUUUUGUCGUUUGUAAACCUCUCAAUACCUUGAUACUGGCGAAAUAGUCCCACUGGGCUGAAGCCAUAAUUUUAAAAGAAGAAGAAGAAUGGACUAGUGGUUAUUGGUGGUUAUAUACUCGAGAUAUACUCUUUAGCACCACCAUCAACAGAGGCGCCAACUAGUGAGCAAAAAAAACGAUAGCCCUCAUUCAGUUUGAUUCAGUUUUCGACGAUUGAAUUGUAUUGAGAAAAUUUUAUUUAUGUAAUCAAACUACUAAGACAAUACUCCUUAUAUUUUAACGUUUCGUGUUUUCUGGAUAAUCAAGUAAAUAAUACAGGCACCUACUUUAUCAUGAAGUCGAUCGUCCACAUGUCAGUAGUUACUUAAAUUUAUUGCAUUGCAUCGAUCUACCUACUUCGCAACAAGAUGCCUGCCGUCGAAGAAGUAAGCCUUGUGAGCCUUGCAAAUACAAGAGAGGGUUCUUCUGCCGUGAUGGUUGCCUUGUCAAUGACUUGCAAAGGUGAAUCAGGUGAAGUUGUCAUUCUAAUGCCUAAAAUCAUUAAUAAAUUGGCUUGGGUAAAAUUUAGAGGCAGUACCAAAGUAAUAGAGGGUAAAAUUAAAUUUUCUAUCAGUUUCUCAUCAGUAAAACAUAUAUUGGCUAAGGAUGAUUGUGUCAAAAUAAAUGUACGAAGUAAACUUUUUAAAUAUUCUGCAUUGAGUAUUGAUGUGCCUAAUAAUGAUUGGUCUAAAUGGCAAGAAAUGAGACCAUACAAUAUGCUUGAAACAGGCAAAGUCCAUCCCACUACUGUAAGCAUUGUUGUUACUGCUUAUAAGUGUAAAAAGGAAACGGUACUAUCAAAAUUAUAUACUGACAGCGACUUCACUGACUUCCGUCUGGCAACAUCUGAAGGAUCUGUACCAGUCCACAAGGCAUACCUGGCAGCACACAGUGAUGUGUUUAAAGCAAUGCUGUCCAACGAGUGGAAAGAAACAACCACCGGUGAAAUAACGAUGAAGGGAGUCACCAUUGAGACACUACAACAUUUAAAGGAAUACAUGUAUUUGGGGACUGUACCUAAUGAUGGACUCCGUCCAUUGCUUUUGAUCGCCAGGUGCUACCUUAUUGAAGAUUUGGAACAACACUGCAUUAGAAAGCUAGCUGAGAAUGUUACAGGGAAAAGCUUAUUCUCACUCCUUGAAUUUGCAUGUGAUAACAAUAUUCCAGAGCUGUCAUUUGCUUUGGUAGUCAUGACCGAAAAUAUUGAUGUCAAUCACGCUAACAAAUUAAAAAACAAAAAAGCUGUUUUGGAUAGUCAAAAAUCGAAAAAGUCUCAACAGUAAGUUUUCUUGCCAUCUGGGAACCAUUGACUUAAGGGAAGGAUGAUUUGAUAUAUUUUCAAUUUUUCUAUAUUAUUGCAAUUGUUAUUAGCUGAAAUUUCAAAUUAGUGACAUAAUUAAAAUAGUUACAUGAUUAGAUUAGGUACAUAAAUUUGCCUAUUAGUAAAUAACUAAUUUUUGUUUAUGAAUGGAUGGAUGUUACAUUAUUUUAUUUGAUAUUACAUUGUUAAAUUCAAUCAUUGAUAAAUAAGUAAGAGCUCUCAGUAUUAUUCACAACCUCGGGACUUAAUCGCGUAAAAUUAAGUCUCCGAGAUCACGUGGACAACGCCGUCCUCGAAACGUCGGAGGUAAAUUUAAAUCUUAAUUUUAUGAUAAUAUUGUCUUCGGUUACCGCGAUAGUUACUCAUGAAAUAAAACUAUGAAAACGGAUUAUAUCGCGUAUAUUGAAUUUAUAAUACAUCCCGACGUUUCGGACCCUUUACAGCGUUCGUGGUCAACAGGUGACAUACUAAAAUAAUGAACAAUCAUAGAAG